UCAUUUAAAAAUAAACAUUCCCGUUGAAAUGUGGAUUGCUUACGCCCUGGUGGUCCACGUACUGCUUCUAGGCUCAAUUUUCGUGAUCUACUUUCGUUCGCCGGUGAUCACGGGCCUUACUCCACAGAAGCAUCUUUUAUAUUACGGCUUGGAGCCACCGGCGAAUCGUUUAGUGCUGAUCGUGACCGAUGGAUUCCGUGCCGACUCCUUCUUUGAGGAGAACUGCCGCUAUGUGCCCAACCUGCGCAAGAUCUUCUUGCGGGAGGGCGUCGUGGGCGUGUCACGCACUCGUGUGCCAACGGAAACCCGUCCCGGACACAUCACCCUAAUUGCCGGACUCUACGAGGAUCCAUCGGCAGUGCUGCGCGGCUGGAAAAGUAAUCCCAUCGAUUUCGACACCGUAUUCAACCGAAGCUCACAGACCUACGCAUGGGGCGCGAACGAUGUUCUCAAUGUGUUUUCCCAUGUGUCCAACGGUGGCGAAAUAAAUCUCCGGUUCUACAACCACGAUCUGGACUUUUCGCCAGGCUACGAUGCCUACGAGGAAGACGAGUGGGUUUUCAAAAGGGUGAAGUUGUUGCUCCAGCAGAAGAGAGAAGCCCUGCAGCGGGCACAGAACGUCGUGUUUUUUCUGCACCUCCUUGGACUGGACACCGCUGGACAUGUCCACAAGCCAGGCGCGCCAAAGUUUCGACGGACCUUGGAAAAGACGGAAAAAGGUGUUUACGCAAUAUACCAGGAGUUCGAGCGGGUGUUUCCCGAUAAGCGAACUGCUUACUUGUUGACCGCGGAUCAUGGAAUGACGGAUUCGGGUGCCCACGGUUCUGGUUCGCCCCAUGAAACGGACACCCCUUUUAUGCUCUGGGGUGCAGGAGCCUCGCGGGCCGUUCCCAAACCUGGAGGGCGAACAUUUAUGCCCAACAAUGAGGGUCCUGCAAUGCCACUGCACGAAUUGGAGCAAGCCCAACUUACACCCCUGAUGUCCGCGUUGUUGGGUCUCGCACCGCCCAUGAACAACUUUGGGAAGUUGCCGUUGGGUUACUUGAAUGUCAGCAAGGAAUACGAGGCAAUGGCUGCCCAUGUAAACGCUCUGCAGCUACUAGAACAGUAUGUGGCCCUGCAAAAGCAGCAUAAAAAGGGAUUUUUCGCGGAUAUUUUACUCGAGUAUGAUGUUUUAAACGCCGAAGCGAUCAAACGAUACAAGGAUACUAUCGUACAGCUGCAGAAGAAGAGGGAGUAUUCACUUUGUAUAGACAAGAGCCAAGUCAUCAUGUCGCAAGCCCUCGAGGGCAUCGAUUACUAUCACGGAUACUACCGUAGAGUGCUUUUACUGAGCACCACUUCCACAUUCCUGGGAUGGAUGUUCUACAUCUACCGCCUUCUGUCUAGGAACAGGGCCAGUAAAGUGGAAUUGGUCCUCGAAAGGAGUAACAAAAUAGUCAGAGUGAGCAUAGUUAGUUCAGUGAUCGUGCUCAUUAUUUGUUUGCUGAGCCAAGGAACACCACUGGAUAUAUCCUUUUAUCUGCUGCUUCCAUAUUUCGUUUGGCUUAAGGCUUUGCAACCUUGGAACAUUAACUUCUCUUCAUCGCCAGCUUCAGCGUAUAGUGUGCCGGCCCUGCAGACCUCAAUGUGGCAGCUUGUGUUACUCAUCGCUUGCGCAGAGCUAAUGGUCUUUACCUUCUUCGAGCGCCGCCUCAUCGCGCUGUGCUUCUGCGUCUUUGCCUGCUACAAUAGCUGGGAAAAUUUUCAAUGGAAAUCCAGGGAUUUCUUUUCCUGGCUGGCAUUGGUCCUGAUUCUGUCAUGCUUUCCGCUGCUGCCGCUGUCAGUGGGCUACCAAAAUGGAUACCUGCUUGGAGCUGGAGUUAUAGUCAUUUUUACGAACUCAUUUUGGAAUUCUAAGUCGAGAUUAUGCUACAGGAACCACACAAAGUACUCUAAUGCCUUGAUACUGCUGCAAACUAUAUUGUGUGCUUAUCUUCACUCAAACGGCAUUAAUAUACCAAUUCCAUUGAAAUUGGCUAGCUGGUUGUACCUGGUAUACGCCUUUGCAUCUAUAUUGCUGAGCAAAGAAUCAAGACUGGAUUUGCGUCUCGCCCAGAUUGGCUUUAAUUUGGGAUCUCUCUACGCAACACUAUGUACGUCCUAUGAGGCUGUGUUCGUUCAAUUGCUGACUAUAGAGCUGAAUAUCUCGUUGAGGGCUCAAAGUGCGCGGGCAGAGAGAUCAGUUCUCCGUCUGGCCUUCACCCUGCUAUUGUACACCUUCUUUUCGCUCUUUGGAUCCGGAAACAUAGCGUCAAUCAGCUCCUUUGAUCCGAACAUCGCUCGCUGCUACCUCAGUCAUUUUGCUCCCUUUGUAAUCAUGGGUCUGGUGCUACUGAAACUACUCGUUCCUGUGGUGCUUAUCAUGUCGGUGAUCUAUGCCAACAGCGAGUUUGUACGCCAGCACGAGGAGCAGAUCUUCAUCUGUCUGCUGCUCAUUUGCGAUGUAAUGGGCCUGAACUUCCUAUUCCUGGUACGGAACCAGGGCUCCUGGCUGGACAUCGGUACGUCCAUAUCACACUUCGUUAUCAUGGAGGUAACCACGCUGGUGAUGCUCGUGAUCUUCUAUACCGCAAAGCAGCUGCUGCGAGUGAUUCCUUGGGAGGAAAUAGACUUCAAAAUGUUGCCGCUGCGUUUAAUCCACUGGGAUGUGAUCAGCGCCAAACAUCACUAGUCCUAUAACCGAUUUGACAAACAUUCGAGCUAAGCUUAAACAUUUAUGUUCGAUAAUAUUUACAACACUAAUUAAGAAUUAGUAACAUACACAUGUAAAUUAUAGAAUCUAAUGCUAGGAAUGUGUCUGCGUGUAGGUGAGGGUCAGGGUGGAUCGAUUUCAUGGACAUCCAAAUCUGAACUUAUAAGGAAGACAAAUACUUAUUUGAAAACAAGACAAUUUUUUACUGAUUCUGUACUGUACUGACGCAUUUAAGAAUGUAUUAGAAACACCAGUAUUGUUACUAUUUUAAACAUGAAUAUAUUAAGAAAUUUAAAACACUUUUGAUAGUUAAAAAUAAAUUGUAAACUAAUCAUAUU